GCGUGACAGCGGGCGCGCCUGUACCGCGCGGCGCGUGGCCGUGCCCCGUGCGUCAUGAGCCUGUUGGACACCCUGCUCGAGGCGGCGCGCUUCAUCGAGCUGCAGGAGCGGCGCCUGCAGGCCGAAUGGGUAUUCUUAUGGAAUCCUCCGAAGUGAAUCUAUGCACUGCCAGAUACGCGAGCGGUACGGAAGUGUUCGGCGCGAUGGCCACUCCGAGUGACUACUACAGCGACACCAUCCACACCAUUGCCAUCAACACCAGGGAGACAGAAUUCGGCAAGAUCGUCGAGCCUAUCCCGAUAACCCUGAAAGCAUACCAGCAGUUCCAAGCACAUGGCCAUGUGCAUGCUUACGGGUUUCCGCAACAGAUGUUAACGGCUCUAACUGUUCCCCGAAUUCCUGAUGAUGAAAAACCGUCCACGUCAUCGCAAACUACCCCCUCCAAAGAGCAAACGAAGGAUAAUCAGACAGUUCGGCCGCCUCCGAAAAAGAAAUGGAUAAAGGAGUAUUUAGAGGAGGAGCCGAAGUCGCCGGUGUCGGUGCGAGUGGUGACAGGGUUGUCGGUGACGGCUCGUAGCAACGGCGUGGUGCGGCCGACGUCGCCGGUGCCGGUGGCCCCCGUCCCGCUCGUGUUCGAGCCGGCCCCCGCCCCCGCGCCGCCCGCGCCCCUCGACUUCGUACAAGAACAUUCCAGGCCGCGAACGACGAGCACCAGCCAUGGGACCCCCCAGAUCCCCUCACCCCCCGUCGGCAGUAACGGCAGCAGCAGCGGCAGCGGCAGCGGUAGCGCCCCCCGCGCCGGCACGAGAGAAGUGCACAACAAACUCGAGAAGAACAGACGAGCGCACCUUAAAGAAUGCUUUGAACUGCUUAAGAGACAGCUGCCAGCUACCCCUGAUGACAAGAAGACUUCUAAUCUGUCGAUAUUGGCGUCAGCGAUUAGAUAUAUACAGGUCCUCCGCCGCAAAGAGCGCGAAUGCGAGCACGAGAUGGAGCGGCUGGCGCGCGAGAAGAUCGCAGCGCAGCAGCGCCUCGCGGCGCUAAAGCGGGAGGUGUCUGUACGCGCUACGGUUCGGCCGAGGAGCACUGAAAAUGAAGAAAUGGAAAGGGAUGAUCGAGUCAAUGGACAAGUAGUGGGAAUCCCUAUUAGUAUUACCUCAUCCCCCCCAACGCGGAUCAAGAGCUCGCCCCCCCGCACCCUGAACCUCAGCACGAAGCUCCGCACACUCCCCAUACAGAUCACGCCCACCACCUCGCAGGUCGUGCGAACGUCUUACGGCGCGCGACACAACACACUCACGCUUACCACGCUGGCGCCCGCGGAGUCCGCACAGAACGGCCAGCUAGAAAAUGGCGUCAGCAAUACCUUAAGCACCACUUUGGUGCACCCGGCGCAAAUACACCUUCCAAUCUCGCAAGUGGUGGGUAGCGGCGGACUAGUAGUAGGGGGAGCAGCAUUGCAGCUGCUGUCGGCCGGCGGCGGGCUGCGCGUGCUGCAGCAUACCAACGGAGUGACAACAGGGGAUAGUAAUCAUAGAAUACAAAGAGAAAAUGGCAUUGUGUCACCUCCACCCGCGUCCUCAGAAGGCGUGGUGGUGAGCGGGCUGGCUCCGCUCGUGGUGUCGCAGGCGGGCCAUCUGCUGCAGACCCACACACUCGCGCACAAGAUGGUAGAAACGCAAGUGGUAAGCGGCGGCGGUGGCGGCGGCGGGCCGCUGACGGUGAGCGCGUCGUACCUGAGCGCGGCCGUGGUCAAGCCGCUCGUCGUGCUGCCCGCGCCCUCCCCCGCGUCCCCCGCGCGCAACACGUGAGGCGCGGGGCAAGAGACUUGGCGCCUCAGUUACAGCGCGCCCCCGAUUUAAGUUUUUGAGCGUCUAGUAGGCGAUAUGGAAAUGCUGCGCUGACGUUGCGAGCGUGGCAUAGAGUUGACUGGACGCUGAUGGUUUAGAUGUUAUACUUCGUUUUUAGGAUUAGAUAGAAGGUAAACAGUGGUGGUGUUUCUUUUUGUUGGAAAAUUCGUUAAAAUAUCGGGAAUUUAAAUCUCAUUUGCGCCUGGCAUGGUACGGUAAAAAUUAUAUUUAAAAAUACAAAAAUAGAAUGUAAAGUUGUGUAAAAAAAUGAGAUGACGGAUAAAACAGACGCUGCGCCAAACUCAAACGGAAAUGGCGAGCGAAUGAGUCAGUGUUUUUCAAUAAAUAGACAAAUCAGGAACUCUUACCUUUUUU